AAAAUCCAAAGCACACACUCGAAAAAUUAUACAAAAAAAGUAAGGCUUGUGGAGCAAUGUGUGUCACAAGAAUUUGUUAAAAUGAAUAAGAAUUGAAAAAAAAAAUUGAGUAAUUUUUUAUCGAAAUUAAAAAAGCAAAAUCCAUAAAAGGUGUGCUCUGUGUGUGUGUAUGUGUGUGUGUGUAUUUAAGAUAAAUAUAUAUCCAUAAAGAAAGAGAUAAAAGAUAGAUUUGUAUCUUUUGAAUUGAAAGUAAAAUGUUUGAGCCUUAUGUGAAAAUCAAGAAAAAGCGAAAUGUCCAUGAAAUUUAUCAACAAAACAACGAGAAUUUAGAAAGGGAACGGGACCAACCACAACAGGAGCCGCAGGAGUCGCAGGAGGAUAGCAGUGAUAAUUGUUGCUGCCUGGAGGAGGUGCCCCCAAUAGCACCAGGGGAGGGCGCCCCAGUGGCAACAGCAGCAACAGCAGCAACAGCAGCAACAGCAACAAUAGCAACAGGAGGAGCCAGCAGCAGCAGCAGUGGAAACUGCAGCCGAUUGCAGCAAUUGAUUUCCACGCCGCCAGUAUUAUUGCGUAGAUCUUCGCUGUCGCCGCCGCACCAGCAGCACCACCAGCAUCCACAAGGGGGCAACUCUCCUUUGCACCACCUUCCGCCACUAGCUGUAAGCACACCACCGCCCACACCACCCACACCGCCGCACCACCAGCAACUGCAGCAACAUCUAGCUGCUGCGCCUUCAGUUUUGCAACAGCAUUUGGGUCACCUGAAUUACGAAAGUGGAGCAACUGCAGCAGCAACAGUAGCAGCACAAGCGGCAGCAGCGGGAGCUGGCACCAGUCGAAGUGGAUCGGCAACACUGGCACAGCAUUUGGCAACACCCAGCAACAUAUUGCAGGCGGCGUACAGCAGUGGCAGCAACAACUUGCAAAAUAUAUUGACGCGCUCACAAAGUUCCUCCACCUCCUCCUCCUCCUCCGCCGCCGCCUCCUCAUCACACGUUGCAAGCACCACCUCGGUCGCCGCAUCUGCAUCUGCCUCAUCGUCCAGUUCCUCCAACAAUAACAAUUGCAGCAGCGCCUGUGCGGGGAAUACCCAUUACAACGGUGGCAGCAACAACAGCAACAGCAGCAGUCACCACAGCAACAGCAUCAUAGCCAGCCGCUUGUUUGGGGCAGCAUCAUCCUCUUCUUCAUCGGCCAGUCCCUCCUCCUCCUCCUCUUCGUCGUCGUUGUCGUCGUCAGCGUCUCACCUGCCGUCAUCGUCGCCUCAUCAUCUGCAUAGCCAUCAUUCCGCGUUGACCAACUCCAUCACGAAUCGCAUCAAUCAGAGUAUACGGCGGCAUCUCAAUCAGCAGCAGCAUCAUCCCAUCAGCGCCUCCUCCUCGUCCUCCUCCUCAAGUGGCACGUCGUCUCGUUUGCCGCAUUAUCAGACGCAACAAUCGCCAAUCCACCAGCAACAGCAGCACUAUAAUUGCACUCAUCCUGGACAGCAGCAGCAACAUCAUCAUCAUCAUCAGAGUAGCAGCAGCGGCCAUCAUCAUCAUCAACAACAGCAACACCACCAACACCAACACCACAGCAAUAACCACAACAACAACAGCAGCAACAAUCAACAACAACCGCAACAAUCUCCUCUGUGCCUAGUAUUAUUAGUUAAAUGCCCCAAUUCUAAGGAAUUUUGUAACGCAGCCGCCGCAAAUUUCUGUGAUAAAAGAUUGCCGGUGAACGAAUGUCAGGCAAGCCAAACAGCUAGAGUCACCUCGAACCUGCACGCAUCCAGUAGCACGAUGGCGGUCAGCCGUGUACCCUCGCCGCCCUUGCCGGAAGUUAAUACGCCAGUUGCCGAGAACUGGUGUUAUACGCAGGUUAAAGUGGUUAAAUUUAGUUAUAUGUGGACCAUAAAUAACUUUAGUUUUUGUCGGGAAGAGAUGGGUGAGGUACUCAAAUCGUCCACAUUCUCAGCCGGUGCUAAUGACAAACUGAAAUGGUGUUUACGGGUUAAUCCAAAGGGCCUCGACGAGGAGAGCAAGGAUUACUUAUCAUUAUAUUUACUAUUAGUUUCGUGUAAUAAAUCAGAAGUCAGAGCCAAGUUCAAAUUUUCGAUACUGAACGCGAAGCGUGAGGAGACCAAAGCCAUGGAAUCCCAAAGAGCUUACCGUUUUGUGCAGGGCAAAGAUUGGGGCUUCAAGAAAUUCAUACGACGCGACUUCCUGCUGGACGAGGCCAACGGCCUGCUGCCGGAGGACAAGCUAACGAUCUUCUGUGAGGUUAGCGUCGUGGCGGACAGUGUUAACAUCUCCGGACAAUCCAAUAUUGUGCAGUUCAAAGUGCCCGAGUGCAAGCUCUCCGAGGAUCUUGGCAAUCUCUUUGACAAUGAGAAAUUCAGCGAUGUGACGCUCUCAGUGGGCGGUCGAGAGUUUCAGGCGCACAAGGCCAUACUGGCAGCGCGCAGCGAUGUCUUUGCGGCCAUGUUUGAGCAUGAAAUGGAGGAGCGUAAGCUGAAUCGUGUCGCCAUAACCGAUGUGGAUCAUGAGGUUCUUAAAGAAAUGCUGCGAUUCAUAUACACGGGCAAGGCGCCCAAUUUAGAAAAAAUGGCUGAUGAUCUCCUAGCGGCUGCUGAUAAGUAUGCACUCGAAAAGCUGAAAGUGAUGUGCGAGGAGGCGCUGUGCGUCAAUCUCUCUGUUGAAACAGCAGCCGAAACAUUAAUAUUAGCUGAUCUCCAUAGUGCGGAUCAAUUGAAAGCACAAACGAUAGAUUUCAUAAAUACUCAUGCCACCGAUGUGAUGGAAACCUCUGGAUGGCAAAAUAUGAUCACAACACAUUCACAUUUGAUAGCAGAGGCAUUUCGUGCACUCGCAACACAACAAAUCCCACCAAUUGGACCACCAAGGAAACGCGUGAAAAUGAGCUGAAACCACACUUCAACAACAACAACUACAACUGCUAAAACAACAACAACAGCAAACCGUAAAGCAACACCAACAACAACACCAAUAGCAACCUACAAGAAUCAAAGCAAUAUACUAUAUGAAAUUUACGAUAAAUGCAACAAUUUGUUCGAUCGAUUGGCAGCUAACCUCAAGAGAAAAUGCCGCAGAACAGCUACAGAUACAAUAAUUACACCCACAACAAUCAAUUAUUUGAACAACAGGCAGAAGAAUACAAUGAAACGGGAAACGGAGUUAGAGUUAGAGUUGAAGAAAGAUGGAAAAAUGAUGGAAAUGAGGAGCAGGAGCAGGAGCAGGCAGUACCCUAUAUUGUUUCGAUUUUUGAGUAAUUUAAUUCAUUUUUUAACAUAAAACCUUGAUUCUAAUUGUAUUUUUAUUUUAAUUUUGUUGAAUUAUGAUUAUGAUCCUAUGAUUAGAAUGUUUACAAGUAAUAGUUAUCCAUUAAUUCUACGUUUAAGUCCAACAAACAAAAGAAACAAACAACAAAAGUACUAAGUAAAAUAAAGAAAGAGAGCAGAAACACAAAAA